AUGGCGCCCUUGGCUACAUUUUUAUACGGCACCGCUCUGUGCUGUUCGAUAGCAUUAGCUCUCCCGUCGCAUGCAGUGCAGGACCUAUCGAGAGGAGACAACCAGGAGCCGAUAACAACCCCAGAGGAGAGGGCACAAGGUGUUGUGGAUGCGUUCAGGGUUAGCUGGGAUGGAUACUACAAGUAUGCAUUUCCAAUGGAUGAACUGCUGCCUGUGAGCAACAAUGGAAGUAAUUCGAGGAACGGAUGGGGCGCCUCUGCUGUCGACGCUCUCAGUACAGCACUCAUCAUGGGCGAGAAAACGACGGUGAACCAGAUCCUCGAGCACAUCCCUACCAUCAACUGGGCUGUCACCAAUGAUUCUGUGUCCCUAUUCGAGACCACAAUCCGUUACCUCGGCGGCAUGCUUUCUGGCUAUGACCUCCUCAAAGGCCCUCUCGCCCAUCUCGCAGACGAUGACGCCAAUGUGGACGCACUUUUAACUCAGUCCAUCAAUCUAGCGAACAACCUAUCUUUCGCCUUUGAAACACCGACAGGCAUACCGUGGAAUGUCCUCUACUUCAACAACCGAAGUAAUGACGGGGAUCUCGGCGGCCCUGCAACCCUCGGUACGCUGAUUCUGGAAUGGACACGUCUUGCUGAUCUCUCUGGGAACCAAACGUACGCGGAUCUUGCGGAGAAGGCGGAGAAUUACCUACUGCAUCCUUCACCUGCAUGGGCUGAGCCCUUCCCAGGGCUGAUAGGAUCCGCCAUCAACGUGACAACGGGACAAUUUACCAACGCACGGGGAGGCUGGGUCGGCGGCUCAGACUCCUUCUACGAGUACUUGAUCAAGAUGUACAUCUACGACAAGUCGCGAUACAACUCCCUUAAAGACCGCUGGGUCCUGGCUGUAGACAGCAGCAUCGAGCACCUAGCUUCACAUCCCGAGCCACGCCCCGAUAUUACCUUCCUAGCGGCCUACAACGGAACCAAGCUGCGUCUUAUAUCCCAACACCUCGCUUGCUUCGACGGCGGAAACUUUAUCCUAGGCGGCCAAGUGCUCGACCGCCAGGACUACAUCGACUUUGGUCUCGAACUCGUAAACGGAUGCCACGAAACUUACAUCUCGACUGCCACUGGCAUCGGCCCUGAGAUAUUUUCUUGGAACACGUCGGCGGUCCCCGCCAACCAAACUACUUUUUUCAACGAAUCGGGCUUUUUUAUCACAUCUGCGGACUACGUGCUUCGUCCCGAAGUCAUUGAAAGCUUCUACUAUGCGUACCGCGCGACUUCAGACCCAAAAUACCAAGAUUGGGCGUGGGACGCGUUUCUGGCAAUCAACGCCACGACCAGGGUGGGCAGUGGAUAUAGUGCUAUCUCUGAUGUCAACGUUGUGGGUGGUGGCGAGUUUACCAAUUUCCAGGAGAGCUUCUGGUUUGCAGAGGUCCUCAAGUACAGCUACAUGAUUCAUGCGGGGGAUGCCGAGUGGCAGGUGGGCAAGAAUGGGGUUAAUGAGUUUGUGUUCAAUACGGAGGCGCAUCCUGUGAAGGUGUUGGGUGAGGGAAGCAAGUAGGUUGAGAGUUGGCGCGACAUAUUCCUAUAGCAUUGAUGUAAAUUAAUGACACUUGUAUUACGCCACA